AUGCAACUCAAACUACUCUCUUACGGAUGCUCUGUACUUGAUAAGAAUGAGUGUGGUGAAUGGUGGUGGGAUGGCGCCCCUGUUCUUAGCACAGAGCAUCAGAUCAAAAUCUACUAUAAUGGAAGUCGCAUUCCUUUUUCAGAACAAACUGGAGAGUUUAACAUCCAUCUUGAUUCACAACAAGAUCUUAAAAUGGGUAUCCUUGAGAUAUCUAUUUUUGUGAAAGGUCUUUUCUCCAAUGAUUUGAUUGGUUAUGCCUUUAAAAGAAUUGAAGAAUUCACUAGCAAUACUAAAGAGCCCGUUUACUAUCUUAAGAUCCUUCCCAAUCGAGAUCCGAUCUCAGGCUGGCUCUGCUGCCGUGAAUGCAAAAAGCCCGGGUUUAAGCCACCUAGUAUGGCCAUGUUUUUAGCCAUUUCCGCGCGAGUGAAGAAAAGUACUUUGGUGCCCUAUAAGGCCAAUGCCUACACUGUUUCGAUUGCCAAGUUUCUUACUGGGGAAGAAGUAACUGGCCAGCUCUUAACUCUUAAAGAGAUAUAUAUCUUUCUGUUUCGUGACAUUCGCGACCUUUCAGAACUUAUCUAUAGCGGCCGUGAGUUACUGGGGUACUACAAGUACAUGGACAAUCUAGAUUUCAAAAAACUACCACCCUAUCCUUACUUGGAACAGAAGCCAAUGCUUUGGGAGCGACUGAAAAGACAGCUAUUCCGUCCGGAUGAACUUGAUCCAGAUAAACGUUCAAUUUAUGCCAAGUAUCUACUGGACGUACUGCCAACUAGUCCCUAUGCCUGGCAUGUGGAGUCAGAGGAGUUUUAUCUCCAUCAUUUGAAAAACUACCGUUAUGCCAUUGCACCGUACGGUCAAGCCUUUCUAAGUGUGCAUGCUAUGCUCAAUGUUAUUCAAAAGAAGAUAGCCAAAUGCAUCUGUAGUCCCUGUAAAAACAAAACAAUCGGAGCUGAAGCCAAGUUCUUCCAUGCUUUUACAGGCAUUCCGUAUCAUGAUAUUUUACACGACGAUAGUAAAUAUCUGGAAUACGUUAUGUUUGUGGAGAAAGAGACCCAAACACUCUACAUCACUUUCAAGGGCACCAUGUAUAGUCGCGAGGCCUUGAUUGAUGUAGAUUGUAAAUAUCACAAGUACAAAAAUGGCCUCUACCACAAAGGUAUCUUCCAGGAGUCCCAGCAGUUCUUUAACAACAAACGAGCAGCUAUUCUAGCCCAUAUGCAGACCUACCAGCUAACUAAAAUCCGAACAGUCGGCCAAUCACUAGGAGCCGCCUUAGCUACACUUGUUUGCAUGUUUAUGAAAGAAUCAACUGAGUUCACAGCCUAUCAAACCAGUAGUAUUGGCUACUCGCCGCCGCCCGUUGUCAAUAAACCCUCUAUCUUCAAAAAGUGGGAUACAGAUGAUUGGGACAAUUCAAUUUCCAGUGUUGUUUACGGCAAUGACAUUGUGCCCACGCUUUGUCUCGGCAAGAUCUUUGAACUACGCCUUUUGAUCACCCAUCUUUACACUAUCAGCAUUCAUAGAUAUAAAAACAAAACGGUCUACCUGCGCCAGAUCCUCAAACGGAUCAAGAAAACCGGCAAGUCUAAACUACUCAUUCCCGGUCGGAUUUACAAAAUCAGGCACACCAGAACCUCACCAGGUGUUUUUCUGGUCAAAAGAACGCACUGGUCCGAGUACAGUGCCAUCCGUCUCUCCUCCAAAGCCAUUAUUCAUCAUACACCCGGAGUGAUGCUCAAUGCCCUCAAAAAGUCGCUCAAGUACUUCUAUGGACACAACAAUCCCGAGGAGGAUCUUACUGCAUUCAGCGAUGCCGGCUAA